GUUGUUGUUGUUGUUGUUGUUGUUGUUGUUGUUGUUGUUGUUUUAUUUAUAUCCCGCCCAUUUGGCUGGGUUUCCCCAGCCACUCCAUUGGCAUUCGGCAGGAAAGGGGGCUCUGGAAGGCAGCUUCAACCCGCAUGUGCCCUGGCAGCAGGAAGCCUGUAAUCCUCAGUGGUUCAGGUGUGGCCAUAAUAAAGAAGGGGGUGGCUCCCUGAUCUAGGCAAGGCCAGUAAGAGUCAGACCUUAGACUUCCUUGAAUAUAGAGAAGAUUCUAGUUGGAAAUAGGAGCUGUGAGGUGGAAGGCCCCAGCUCAGCUGAGCCGUAAUAGCAUGAUGUGGCCUUAAGCAAGUGCCAUGGACACGCGCAAACACGUACACACAGAAAACAUGGGAAUAAUGUUUUAUGGGAAUAAUGAGACAGGCCUGCUUUACAACUUACUGAAAUAGUACAUUUCAAGGACUUGGAUAACUUGGGGGAAAGAACUGUAUAAACACCAGGUGUAAAUAAACUGUUAUCCCUUCUGGCCACAAUGGUUGUUCUUCUUUCACAUUUCCCCAGGAAGAAUUCACUGGACACCCCCUUAUGAUCAACCAUAAAUGAGAAGGCCAGCAUGGAUGAGAAGCCCGGAGGGAGUGAGCUGUCUCCAGGGAUGCCCCCCGCCUCUCUGAGACGGGUUCCCCGCAAGAGGGGGGCAGAAGUGAGUGGGAAGACGGGGCAUGCCGGCCAGCCCCCAGCAAAGAAGAAGAAGGCGGCUCGCAAAGCCCCUCGGAGAGUUGCCCCUCAUUACCUUGUGCACGAGACGGACAAUGACAUGCUGCUGAUAGUUUCCAACGUGGAGGAGGCACGACAGCGGCCGCUCCGGAAAGUGCCCAAGAAGAAAGGGAAGCAGAAGCAGAAGCAGCAGAAGAAGAAGGGAUUGAAGAAGCAGGCAACACACGGGAGGAAAUGCGUAAAAGGGGAGACUUUGGCAAACCAGCAUGUGGCUGCUGAGGAUCGAGGAGAAGAAAGCAAGGCAUUCCCCCUCAGCACCCAGCCAGCAACUGGAAGUUCCUGGGGCGAGUGCCUCCCAGUGGAGAUCCUGGUCCAGAUAUUCCGUCACGUUGUGGCAUCGGAAGGCUCAGUGCCAUUCCUCUGUAGGGUGGCCCGCGUGUGCCGGCUCUGGUAUGGAGCAGCUUCCAACCCUGUACUUUGGCAGAAGGUGUCCAUUGGCCACUGCUGGGUAGCCCCAGGCCAAAAACAUUCUGUUCUGGAGAAGAAAGUCCUGGACACAAUGGAGUGGCUGGUUGCCAACCGGUUUUCUCACCUCCAAGACUUUGCUCUUUGCCACUGGAAAAGCCACGUGCCUUUUGUCCUGAAGGCAAUUGGCAAAUCCUGCCCACUCCUUGCAUCUCUCAAGCUGUCCUAUUGCCGUGGGGUGACCACUGAGUCUCUGUGCACACUGGCUGGAUGCUGCCUGCAACUGGAAAGCCUGAACUUGCAGAAUUCUCAGGUUGACCCUUCGGCCGUCAUCAGCUUUCUGGAAGCUGCUGGCUCUCGGAUUCGCCAUUUAUGGUUAACGUACAGCAGCCGUCUGAAUGCCAUUUUUUCUGUGCUUUUGAAUGGCAGCUGCCCAGAACUGCAGCUUCUAGAGGUGAACACAGAGAUACAGCAAAGUACGCAGCACUUCCAGUUUCCAAUUGAACAGCUUCAAGUAGCUUGUCCACAGCUGCAGGUGUUGCGCUUGCUCAACCUCAUCUGCUACCCAAAGCCCAUUCCCCGCUCAGCUCCGACUUCCCCUGGCUUCCCACAGCUGCAGGAGCUGUGCCUGGCCACAACCUCUUUCACCUUCGUCGAUGACAGCGUGCUGAAACGGAUCCUGUGCACUUCAAGCCGACUCCGUGUGCUCGACCUGCGCGGCUGCUUCCAUGUGACACCCAAGGGGUUGGAGCUACUGCCCUGCCCAGACCUGGAGCAACUCUACCUGGGCCUAUAUAGUGCCAGCCACCUGCACCUGCCCCUCCAAGGCAGCCCCCUCAUCACUUGGAAGUGGAACCACAGCUUGAGAGAGCUGGAUCUGACCGGGCAGAGCUUCAGUGAAGAUGAUCUGGAGCAGGCAAUGGCUGCCUUCACUCGGGGAGAAAGCACCCGAGGGGAGCCAGCCCUGCGCUCCCUCAACCUCACGGGAACCAAGGUUGCCCUCCAUACAGUCAGCACCCUGAUUGCCAGCUGCCCUGGUCUCAGCUACCUCAACCUGUCAUCCUGCCGCCAUUUGCCACGGGGCAUGAAGAAGGUGUACCGGGGUUAUGAUGAAAUCCGGCGGUGUUUGCAGCAGCUCCUGACCAGCUCGGAAGAGCCAGCCGCACCAGGGGGUCCCUCAUAGCAGCUGCCUCUCCAGGAAUACUGUAAUAGGAGGAUCAGUUCUGUCUCU